AUGAUAGAGCAAAGACGCAGCUUGGCGAGGGCAAUCAGUCACCGAACGGGUCAGUGCUUGCUGGCCACGUGCAACUCCCAGGCAGAAUAUUUCUUCCCCGAUGUGGCCGACAAGUUGCGCGUUCCGGAAACCCCGGAGUUGGUUUUGACGCUUCCACCAGCGCAGCACCCAAGACAGCAUGUCUUGUUCAAGCGACAGACUUCACGGCUUGCGCUUGAAAUGAGCGAGGAGCAGGUUGCCUGGGCGAUCGGGCCCAAGACUCUGAAACCUUCGACAGACUGCUGCUUGCUACUUCUGAAGUCUGCGACAAACGGCGCACGCGGCAGCUUGGCUCUGUAA